UGAAUUUGGGCAUUUAAAAACCGGAUGUGUAUAAAGUCUGACAUUUGGGCUAUAAAUCAAAAAGGCAUGACAACAGGAAACCGCAACAGUAUCACACUUUCGAUGUUUGUUUUGGGAAUAUAUAAAUGGUACUUUUAAUUAACAUCGUUUUCCCAACAGGAUUCUACUUCGUAGUCAGGUUAAAAACGACGGGACGAGCCUUAUAAACUUGACUGUGAUUUAUAGAUUUGAAUCAUAUUAGUGAAAUCGUGAUGAUGACUUUGUCCCGGCGAUGAACGUGUUCCGUUCUGUUAGCUGGUCUGUCAUUAAGGAGGAGCAGUCUGCCUAUACUCUACCGAUACAGCUGGUUGAUGGAAUUUCUGUCCUCUCAAUGACAGGGAAUAUUGAGCAUGAAGAGGAAGCAGAGGAGGUCAAGACACGAGGAAACAACCAGGAAACACUGAGGAGAAGUAAAGUGUUACCAUGGUGACACUGUGGAGGGUUCCAUGCUGAAUCGUUCCAGAUCAUUCCAGAGCCCUGAGUGGAGUCAGAGUCUCCUGAUAACUCUUCCUGGAUCUCUGUAACCUUCUGGGAUGAAGAGGUUGCCCUGAGCAACACAGAGCUCACACAGGCACAGACAGGUUCUAGAUGGAGUGAGACGGUCCUAUUUCAACGAACCAAAGCACGACUCUGGCAGUGACAUCACCACCACCAUGCUCCAACCAACUGAAGCACAUUGCUGAAGAUUCAGAAGAUGGAGGGAGGAGAGGGGAGGAGACAGAAGAUGGAGGGAGGAGAGACGAUGAGAGAGAAGAUUGAGGGAGGAGAGAUAACGGGACAGAGGAUGGAGGGAGGAGAGAGGAGGAGAGAGAGAAUGAGAGGAGGUGGUGGAGGGGUGUACGUGUGGCUCCUCCUGGUGUGUAUGUUGCUGGGGGAUGUCCUGGGCUGGGUGACCCCUGGAGUUCAUGUUGGGGUCGAGGCUCAGGCCAAUGAAAGGAGAGUCCUGGCUCACAUUCCUGGUGACAUCAUCAUAGGAGCGCUGUUCUCUGUUCACCACCAACCUCCUGCAGACAAGGUCCAUGAGCGUAAGUGUGGAGCUGUCAGAGAACAGUAUGGUAUCCAGCGUGUGGAGGCCAUGAUGCACACUCUGGACCUGAUCAACUCUGACCCUCACCUCCUCCCCAACAUCACCCUGGGCUGUGAGAUCAGGGACUCUUGCUGGCACAGUGCAGUGGCAUUAGAACAGAGCAUAGAGUUUAUCAGAGACACGCUGGUCUCCAACGAGGAGGAGGAGAGUCUGAGCCUUGGGAAAUGUCUGGGGGAGGACGGGAUAGAGAUGACCCCUGUUAGAGGGAAGAAACCCAUUGUAGGAUUGAUAGGACCAGGUUCCAGCUCUGUGGCCAUCCAGGUGCAGAACCUGCUACAGCUGUUCAACAUACCACAGAUCGCUUACUCUGCUACCAGCAUGGACCUCAGCGACAAGAGUCUGUAUAAGUACUUCAUGAGGGUGGUGCCGUCGGAUGCUCAGCAAGCCAGAGCUAUGGUGGACAUCGUCAAGAGAUACAACUGGAGCUACGUCUCUGCUAUACACACAGAGGGUAACUAUGGUGAGAGUGGUAUGGAAGCCUUUAAGGAACUGGCAGCUAGAGAGGGGAUCUGUAUCGCUCACUCGGAUAAGAUCUACAGCAACGCAGGGGAGCACAACUUUGACAAGCUGCUGGAGAAGCUGAGAGGACACCUGCCCAAGGCUCGGGUGGUGGCGUGCUUCUGCGAGGGGAUGACUGUACGCGGCAUACUGAUGGCAAUGAGACGGAAACACCUGGUGGGGGAGUUCCUACUGGUGGGGAGUGAUGGCUGGGCUGACCGGUAUGAUGUGACAGAUGGAUAUCAGCAAGAGGCUGCAGGGGGAAUAACUAUAAAGCUGAAGUCAGCCUACAUCCCCUGGUUCGACGACUACUACUUGGCUCUGCAACCAGAUGACAACACCAGGAACCCCUGGUUCACUGAGUUCUGGCAGCACCGGUUCCAAUGUAGACUAAAGGGGCACGCACAGGAGAACACCAAGUACAACCGUACCUGCAAUAGUAGAGAGUCUCUCCGGCAGCAGUAUGCCCAGGACACUAAGAUGGGUUUUGUCAUCAACGCUAUCUACUCCAUGGCUUAUGGACUACACACUAUGCAGCAGACAGUCUGCCCAGGAUACCAAGGUCUGUGUGAUGCCAUGCGGCCUAUCGACGGUCGUAAGCUGCUGGAGUUCCUGAUGAGGACCAACUUCACUGGAGUCUCUGGAGAGACUAUCCAUUUUGACCAGAACGGAGACUCACCGGGCAGAUAUGAGAUCAUGAACUUUAAACGUCUGGGCGGUGGCGGUGGCGGUGGCGGUGGCGGUGGCGAUGGCGUGGAGCAGUACAGUUAUAUCCAUGUGGGGAGCUGGGACCAGGGAGGACUGAGGAUGGACGACGAAGAGAUGUGGGCUAACGCCUCCACCAUUAUACAGUCUGUCUGCUCUGAACCCUGCCAGAAGGCACAGAUCAAGGUGAUCCGUAAAGGUGAGGUCAGCUGCUGCUGGACCUGUACUCCCUGUAAAGACAAUGAGUUUGUGUUUGAUGAGUACACCUGCCGCGCCUGUGACCUGGGGGCCUGGCCUACCGACGACUUGACAGGUUGUGAGCCUAUCCCGGUGCAGUAUGUGCGUUGGGGAGACCCUGAACCCAUAGCAGCAGUGGUGUUUGCCUGUCUGGGGCUCAUGGCUACUCUGUUUGUUACCUCCAUAUUCAUCAGGUUCUAUGACACCCCGGUAGUGAAGUCGAGCAGUAGAGAGCUGUGUUACAUCAUCCUGGCUGGCAUCUGUCUGGGCUAUCUCUGUACCUUCAGCCUCAUCGCCAAGCCCCACGCUGCACACUGCUACCUACAGAGACUGGGGAUAGGACUGUCCCCUGCCAUGAGCUACUCUGCCCUGGUCACUAAGACUAACCGUAUAGCCCGAAUCCUGGCUGGCAGUAAGAAGAAAAUCUGUACCAAGAAGCCCAGGUUCAUGUCAGCCUGCGCUCAGCUGGUCAUCGCCUCCCUACUCAUCCUGCUACAACUAGGAAUCAUAGUAGCUCUGUUCAUUAUGCAACCACCACAGGUGAUCUAUGACUACCCCAGUAUCAGCGAGGUCCAUCUAAUCUGCAACCUGACGACACUCGGAGUAGUAACUCCUCUGGGUUAUAACGGCCUGCUCAUCCUCAGCUGUACCUUCUACGCCUUUAAGACCCGUAACGUUCCUGCUAACUUCAAUGAGGCUAAGUAUAUAGCCUUCACCAUGUACACCACCUGCAUCAUCUGGCUGGCCUUCGUCCCGAUCUACUUCGGCUCCAACUACAAGAUCAUCACCAUGUGUUUCAGUGUUAGUCUCUCUGCUACUGUGGCUCUCUGCUGCAUGUUUGCCCCCAAGGUAUACAUCAUGCUGGCAAAGCCGGAGAAGAACGUACGGAGUGCCUUCACCACCUCUACCCAGGUCCGUAUGCAUGUAGGGGAUGCCAAGACAGCCGCUAACGCUGCCAAACCCAAGACCAUGGCUGGACUCUUCAGAAGGAAGGGGUCUGAAGAAAACCUCAGCUCCAACGGCAAGUCGGUGUCGUGGUCUCAGAAUGAGCGCAGCGGCUACAGACCCAACCUGUGGAAGAGGAUCUCUAUCCACAUCAAGAAGAAGGAGGAGGUCAACCAGACAGCCAUCAUUAAGCCCUUCUCUAAGGGGGCGGGCACCCCCGACCUCGCCCCCGCCACGCCCCAACUUGGGGACAGGGGGGUCUACGACGAACCUCAGGGGGCGCAGCAUUACCCCCCUGGAACCUACCCCUGCCCUCCCUCGCCUCAUGUUGGAGCAUACCGCCGCUGUCCCUCCUCACCCUCCCCACUAGCCCUGCCCACAGUCAGCCAAAGCGUUGGAGGCUUCCACCCUUGCCCUCCCUCGCCUCACGCUGGAACCUACCACCCAUGUCCCCCCCGGGGGGCUCAGGGGUCCCAGGACGGAGAGGAGAUCAGGGCUCUGCCAUACUACAUGACAGAGAGGCCUCAGACAAGGGUGUAUGGCGGAGUGGGCAAGAUGGGGGGUGGUGGUGGUAUGGGGGGCAUAGGUGAUAUUGGUAGUGUUGGUAGGGGUGUAGGUAUGGGGGGCAUAGGUGAUAUUGGUGGUGGUGGUAGGGGUGUAGGUAUGGGGGGCAUAGGUGAUAUUGGUGGUGUUGGUAGGGGUGUAGGUAUGGGGGGCAUAGGUGAUAUUGGUGGUGGUGGUAGGGGUGUAGGUAUGGGGGGCAUAGGUGAUAUUGGUGGUGGUGGUAGGGGUGUAGGUAUGGGGGGCAUAGGUGAUAUUGGCGGUGUUGGUAGGGGUGUAGGUAUGGGGGGCAUAGGUGAUAUUGGUGGUGGUGGUGGGGUUGGUAAUACUGGUGUGGGUGAUUUAGACAUGGAUAUAGGUGUUGGUGGUAUAGGUGACAGGGGUAUUGGUGUGGGCACGGUGGGCAGUCAGCCCCAGGGCUCCAACAUCAUGGAUCAGAUUAGCUGUGUGGUGAACCGUUUCACCGCCAACAUCAGCCAGCUCAACAACAUGAUGCUCCCUGGGUCGCCACCGGAGGGAGCUGACCCCCCUCCUCCGGGUCCAGGCCUCACCCCCGCCCCAUGCCCUCCUCCCUACAUCCUACCCCGCACCAGACAGCCAAAUACCACAGUCACCACCUACGCUGAAGUAGCAGCCAUCGCCGCCUCUAACCAUGGCAACCCCCGGGUGGGUGGGUCGGUCGGUGUGGUCUAUGGUCCUGGGGGCGGGGUGUGUGGUACUGCAGCGGUGAGAACCACAGAGCUGCUGGAGGAGCUGGCUGCUCUGGCCCCUCCUUCCCCGUUUAGAGACUCCUCCCUGGAGUCGCCUGGCACCACGCCCCCCUCCCUGGCCUCGGAGUCUGCCCUGGGUGAGCCCUGUCCCCCGGGGAAAUAUGACAGACUGAUGCUACGGCACUACAGCCAGAGCUCCUCUUCCCUGUAAACUCCUCCUCCACUUCUUCCUCUUCCCUGUAAACUCCUCCUCCUCUUCCCUGUAAACUCCUCCUCCUCUUCCUCCUCUUCCCUGUAAACUCCUCCUCCCCUUCCAUGUAAACUCCCCCUCUACUAGAGAUGUGUUCUGUGGAAUAAGAGGUUAGAAUAUGAAGUUUUGCAUUUGGAGAUUUAGUUGUGCACAGUUGGAGAAACAGGAAAUGAGAGGAGAGCUGUACAACAGUGCUGGAUGAGCUACACAAUAUUUACUCAACUUUAUUUCCUUUCCUUGGAUAAGAGCCAUAGUUUCUCCCCCCUGAGAGUGUUGGGGGACGCCAGGAGGAGAGACAGGGGGAGGGCCUCAGGACCGCAGUACAGCCACAUUAAAGACUGAAGGGCCUCAGGACCGCAGUACAGCCACACUAAAGACUGAAGGGCCUCAGGACCCCAGUACAGCCACAUUAAAAGGCCUCAGGACCCCAGUACAGCCACAUUAAAAGGCCUCAGGACCCCAGUACAGCCACAUUAAAGACUGAAGGGCCUCAGUACAGCCACAUUAAAGACUGAAGGGCCUCAGGACCCCAGUACAGCCACAUUAAAGACUGAAGGGCCUCAGGACCGCAGUACAGCCACACUAAAGACUGAAAGGGUCUCAGGACCGCAGUACAGCCACAUUAAAGACUGAAGGGCCUCAGGACCCCAGUACAGCCACAUUAAAGACUGAACGGCCUCAGUACAGCCACAUUAAAGACUGAAGGGCCUCAGGACCGCAGUACAGCCACACUAAAGACUGAAAGGGUCUCAGGACCGCAGUACAGCCACAUUAAAGACUGAAGGGCCUCAGGGCCUCAGUACAGCCACAUUAAAGGGUCUCAGGACCGCAGUACAGCCACAUUAAAGACUGAAGGGCCUCAGGACCGCAGUUCAGCCACACUAAAGACUGAACGGCCUCAGUACAGCCACAUUAAAGACUGAAGGGCCUCAGGACCCCAGUACAGCCACAUUAAAGACUGAACGGCCUCAGUACAGCCACAUUAAAGACUGAAGGGCCUCAGGACCCCAGUACAGCCACAUUAAAGACUGAACGGCCUCAGUACAGCCACAUUAAAGACUGAAGGGCCUCAGGACCGCAGUUCAGCCACACUAAAGACUGAAAGGGUCUCAGGACCGCAGUACAGCUUCACUGAAGACUAGAAGUAAAGACAUGCUGUUGCUGCCAGCUGAGCUGAUGGGUGACUGACUGCCUGACUGACUGACUGACUGCCUGGCUGACUGACUGUCUGACUGACUGCCUGACUG